AUGUCCUCUUCCUCAAAAGACAUUCGUGUAGUGUGCGCGAUAGACUUUGGUACAACAUAUUCGGGUUUUGCAUAUGCUCAUAUAGCAAGUCCUGGUGAGAUCAUAACUAACGAAACUUGGCCCGGGCAGACAGGACCACUAAAAACUAAUACUGUUUUACAGUACAAUGAUGGUUUUCAAGAUGUUGAAUUAUGGGGUUUUCCCGCUUUGGCACAAAAAUAUAGUCGUCGAAGGAAAAAUGAUUCAAAACCUUUGAUUAAAUCGACAAUUGAUACUCGUUGGCCCCAAAUUAAAUUUUUUAAAAAUGUAUUAAUUAUUCUUACUGUUCCUGUGGAGUUCUCUGAAAAGAAGAAGGGUAUAAUGAAGAAUUGUGCUUUUAAUGCCGGACUAAUUAAAUCUAUCACAUCUUCUAAUCUAAAGUUUAUAACUGAACCUGAGGCUGCUGCGAUUUAUUGUAUGAGACAUUUAAAUGAAUUUUCUGCUACAAAAGUUGGAACUUCUUUUCUAAUAGUAGAUAUAGGUGGUGGUACCGUAGACCUAACAAUUAGAAAAUUGUUAUCAGAUAAUCAAUUAGGUGAAAUAACUGAACAAACCGGUGAUUGUUGUGGUGGAAGUUUUGUUGAUAAAGAGUUUAUCAAUUUUCUUGCUCGAAAAGUUGGUAAAUCUGCCAUGUAUUUACUUAAAGAAUAUAAUUAUGGUAUAUUACAAUACAUGGUUCAAGAAUUUUGUCGAUCUGCUAAAAUACCAUUUACUGGUAAUAUUAAAGACUUUAAAACAUUCGAAUUGGAUCUCGAGGAAUUGUGUCCAGUUUUAAAAGAUUAUGUUGACGAUAAGACUAAAAAACAUUUGGAAAAAUUAGAAUGGGUGAUUGAUAUUGAAUUUGAAGAUGUUAAGGCAAUGUUUGAUUCUGUAGUUGGUAGGAUUAUUCGUUUAAUACGUGGUCAAUUGGAUGCAUGUAAAGAUUGUACUGCAAUGUUUUUGGUAGGUGGGUUUAGUGAGUCUAAAUACUUGCGAAAAAGGAUCAAAGAAGAAUUUAAAAAAAAAGUCUCUAUUAUUUCAAGUCCUGAUAAACCUAUUGCAGCCGUUGUUCGAGGGGCUUUACUUUAUGGCCUCGAUACGGCUAUAGUAAAAUCACGUGUAUUAAGGUAUACCUACGGUAUUAGAUCCUUACCUGAUUGGCAGCAUGGUGAUCCAGUAAACCGAAGAACUCCUGAUGGGAAAAUCUUUCGAUUUCAUACCUUAAUACAGCGCGGACAAAAAGUAGAUGUUAAUAAAGAAGUUUCCGAUAUUCUUCGUGUUGCACAUGCAAAUCAGAAAGAUAUGUGUAUGGAUUUAUAUGUUACACGUGCGUAUGAGGCAAAAUAUUGUGAUGAACCCGGUGUUGAAUUGCUCGGAAAAUUUACAAUUAAGAUGCCUGAUAAACAUCUUGGACUUAAUCGCUCAGUUAUUUACACACUUUUAUUUGGAGAGACGGAGAUUAAAGCCACCGCAAAGAACCAAGCAAAUGGAAAAGAAUAUCAUACCACUUUCGAACUAAAUUUCGAAUAG